GUCGCCACCGUGUUUAGCAGCCCCUCCGUCAGCCCUCCAGUGUAUGCCCGUCUUCCCUCUUUCAUGCGCCGACUCGCCUCACAUGGAGCGAAUCUUUCCUAUCCGGUGCACAAUCCUCAACAACAACCAGAACCUCUCGAGUGACAACCAGAACACACCUAUAAAGACGCAUGAGCAGUCGAUUGUGGUGGUCGAGUCUUCACAUUCUGGGAGAUCAGACUCAUCCAACACAUCCCCUGCUACCACUUCACUUCCCAUCGAACAUGCCAAUCCUGACAAGGAUGAGAUGCACAGAUGGCCUCCCUCUAUUUCCGUGGAGGAGAUCCUUGAAAUGCCACCACAAGGAAGCCCGCAGCCCGUCUACGCCGGUAGGUCUGAGUACGCCUAUUCCGACGAGACCGGCCAUGGAAUAGUCAGUGGAAAGCGUACUCAUAUUACGCGCUGCGAGGACGAGCCCAUACACAUUCCAGGUGCCAUUCAGUCCCACGGGAUGCUCAUCGGCCUCGAAGUUGUUGAAAGACCCGACACUACCCUUCGAUAUCUCUGCCGUGUGGUGAGCGAGAACUCAGAAACCAUUUGCAAAUACACCCCUCGUGUAAUAUUCGAUUUAGACAAUUUUCUCCUAGUUUUUCCGGCGCAUCAACGUCUAAUCUUCCAGAGCCAUGCUCAAUCUGUCAUUGCCUUGUUCAAGAAGUCGACAAAGUCUGCCGAACCAAAGGUCUUCAGUGUCAGUUUUCUAGACCCAAGUGGAUAUAUCAUCCCUGCUUGGUGUGCGAUGCACUUCCUUGGGGGAGACCACCAUCUCCUCAUAUGCGAAUUCGAGCUUCAGGAGAGUUUGGGCAAUAUUCAGGCUGAGCUAGAUAAUCUUCCCUCAACGCCGUACAACACCAUGGAUUCCGAUCCAAUAGAUGCAGCCUCAAGCUUUUCCAGCCGGAGCGAACCACUCAAUAUAACAGUCGACACAGUCGACAUGUUUCAAGGAGAGGGCAGGACCAUGGACGUGGUCAACAUCAUCUCGCAGAUCCAACUACAACUUUCCAUGAAGAAUGACAUUCAAGAUCUCUUAGACGCCAUCGUGGGUAUCAUCCAGGAGCUGACUGGCUUUCACCGGUGUAUGGUCUAUCGUUUCGAUGAGGAUUACAACGGCACAGUUGUUGCGGAACUCAUCAACCCACAAGCUUGCUCAGACGUGUACAAGGGCCUCCAUUUCCCUGCAAGCGACAUACCAAAACAAGCACGGGAGCUCUACAAAAUCAAUAGAGUGCGUCUUCUCUUCGAUAGAGAAAGCAAUCCUUGUAGAUUGAUAUGCCGAAACAUUUCAGACCUCGGCUCGCCAUUGGACCUCACACACUCUUACCUUCGCGCCAUGUCCCCGGUACACCUCAAAUACUUGGAGAACAUGGCUGUGAGAUCAACAAUGAGCGUCUCGUUGAAAUUCGAGGAUGAGUUAUGGGGCCUCAUCUGCUGUCACUCGUACGGACCAAGAGGACUCAGAGUGUCUUUCCCGGUUCUGAUGCAGAUCGAUAUGACUCCUCAGGCCUGCAUCUCUGCAUCGUCUGACGACCUUCUACGAUUGUUCCAAGCUGACUUUGGGUUCCUCGUCGUCCACGGCGAGGCUCGUACAAUUGGGAAGCUACCAUCCUAUUCAGAGGCCGUAACGCUACUAAGAUACGUCUACUUUCGAAAUUUUCCUACCACUUUUGCCACCAAGAAUAUCACCCAGGAUUUCUCAGACUUGGCAUAUGAGACAGAGUUCGAAUACAUUGCUGGGUUGCUCUUUAUUCCACUCUCCCACGUUGCUGGGGACUUUAUUGUCUUCUUCAGAAAAAACCAGAUAAGAGAAGUCAAUUGGGCUGGGAAUCCGAACAUGGCAAAGAUAGGAGCAUUGGAGCCAAGAAAUAGCUUCAAGAAGUGGACCGAAAUUAUCAAAGGGACUUGCAGGCCGUGGAGCGACGAGCAAUUCGAGGCUGCGGCUAUGACCAGGCUAGUUUAUGGUAAUUUUAUCCGCGUGUGGAGGGAAAAAGAAGCUGCUCUCCAUGAUUCUCGUAUGAAACGCUUACUCUUACUCAAUCUCUCCCAUGAAAUGCGGACUCCCCUUAACGCCGUCCUAAAUUACUUGGAAUUGGCCCUUGAAAAGCCCCUCGACCAAGAUACGAAAGAACUCUUGACCCAAUCUCACUCUGCAUCAAAGUCGCUCAUCUAUGUUAUCGACGACUUGCUUCAUCUCACUGGUGGUAGCAAUCAACAGCCUCUUCCUAUGGUUUAUGUGACUUUUGAGCUCCCAAAAGAUAUACAGGUUACUCUCGACCAACUGCAGAAGCAUGCCGUUCAGAAGUCAUUGUCCUUUGACGUCAUCACUGACACGAACCUCCCUCGUUUUGUCAGGGGCGACCUUCAAAGAAUCCAACAGGGGGUAACGAGCCUUGUUACAAACGCGAUCAAGAAUGUAGAUAAAGGAGGAAUCGUCGUUCACCUAGGAGCUCGAUCAGUUACUACGGAAAGUUGUGUUGUUCAAUUUGUAGUCCAGGACACUGGAAGAGGCAUGUCUGAAAGGGACCUGGACGACUUAUUCCAGGAAUUCGAGCAAGUACCUGACGAAGAUGUUGAUUUAAGCGAAACCCAUGAGGAUCCCCCGAGAGACAGGAAAGAGGCGAAAUUAGGACUAGGCCUCGCAUUGUUGGCGAGGUACGUCAAGCAUUCCGGGGGCCAAAUCCGUGGCCAGUCAAUCGUAGGGAGGGGCUCUACAUUCUCACUAGAUGUACCUUUAAAACUAGCGAUGGAAGGAGCGCUCAAGUCUCAUUCUUGCUCAUCUGCACGAAGCGAAUCAUCCGAGGACAGACCAGAAAAGGGUAGCGAAGGUUCACCAGACCGUUCGAGCAUUCCCCCAAUGGGAUUAUCAAAUGCUCCGACAAUGUUCCAACUACACCUUGACCCCUCCCGGCGUCAAAACGAGCGGUCGACCACAGGGGGCAUCCGUUUCCAUCACAAUCCAAUCGUUUCCGAGCCAGAAUCUUCGGAAAAUGUAGACCUAGAAAUUCAAACACUACAUCAAACACCACGCAAAGAGAAGAUUACAGUUUUAGUAGCAGAUGACAACUCUAUCAAUCUGGCUAUCCUGCAACGAAGGCUGGAAAUAAUGGGACAUGAAGUCAAGACAAGUCGUGAUGGACAGCAGUGCCUCGAGGCCUUCCAGAAGCAUAGACAUGAGAUAGAAUUCAUCUUGAUGGACAUAAAUAUGCCUCUUGUUGAUGGUAUUCAGUCAACUGGCAUGAUUCGCGCCGACGAAAGCGAGAAAUCGCCUGCUCUGGAACCUUCGUCACCUUCAUUGAUAGAAUCGUCUCUACAACCAAGGUCGCUCUCUAAAUCAGACGAAGGCGUGCACCCAAGGCCUGAGACACGCCCGAAACCUGCUGCCUUCCUCCUUACAUCACCUCCCCUGACGAAUCCUAGAAUAGCGGACCUAUCCGGGUCAUCAACAGAAACAAGCUACUUCCAUAUGGCACCGCAGACAGAACCUUCUCCGCCCUCUUCUGAUCCCGUGACGGUAGUUACUCAAUUUUCACAGUCUACAUAUCCUGGACAGCUCCCACUCACAUCCACUCUUCCUCAGGGCGUCGCAUCUCAGCGUGAUCCUCAGAAGCUGGAUUACCCUCCCUUUCCGGGGCGCGUACCAAUCUUUGCUGUCUCUGCUAGCCUAGAACAACACUCACAGGCAUCAUUGGAAGCCGCUGGAUUCGACGGAUGGCUUUCUAAGCCUAUUGAUUUUAAGCGGUUGAGUGUUGUGCUAGAGGGCGCGCUGAGUCGAGAUGCGAGGGCGCACUCUAGGUGUAAGAUAGGUGACUUUACGCGUGGCGGGUGGUUUAGAUAA